AUGAUGAAUCGGUACUCCUUGUAUUUUAAAGAUACAAAGUUGGAAGAUUCAUAUCAAAAAUAUUGGUUAGACGUUAAUAGAAGGCCUUUGUUGAAAAGAUUAGUAAUAACAACAACUUUAAUACAGAUCACAGAUCUGAUAUAAAUUAUAGCUACACAAUAAUACGAACUACUUAAUUGGAACUACGUCCUUGUUCAUUACUUAUCUCAAUUGUUUUUAAAUAUCAUCCUUAUCUUAAUUUUAAUUUAUAAACCUAAACAUGUUAGAACAGGACUUUUAGUAUAUAAUCACUUUUUUGCCACUGUAUUUGUAAUUAUUGAAUAUCAGAAAGCUGCAUAUUCCAUAAACUAUUCAAAGAUUGUUUAAUUGGGUAUAAUUGGAUCAUAAUUGAUAAUAAUUUUAUCAUCUGACUUUAUUUAAGCAGCUUAUUAAGCAAGUGUUUUCCCAUCGAUAUAUAUAUUUAUAUGGUCAUAUGGAGAGGAAUCAAUUUAUUAUCCUGGAUUUGUUGCAAUGCUGUUAUCAGGGUUAGUGAUAUUAUAAGGUUUAUAUGAUCAUUAAGUUGCUUUAAGAUCAUAGUUUUAAUUAGGUUUUAUUGAUAAUCAAUGGGAAAAUAUAUUUACGUAGUUAAUUAGCGAACAAUAUCUAAUAUUUUAUUUUGAUAAUCCGACCUUUAGUUUUUAAUUAUCAAAUUCUAAAAAUUACAUAUAUAAAAUAGAUACAACGUAAUAACUUAAAACAUAUUUACGAGCGAUAAAAUUAAACAAAAAGUAAAAUUUUGAAUAAUUUUGUUAUGAAUAGAUUCAAAAUCAUACUAAUUUUUCAAAGGAUGAUCUAAAAUAGAAUUUAUCAAUUUUAUUUUAGGGUAAAGCUUAAAUUAUUUAAUAUUCAAUAUUUUAUAGCGUUAGACCUAUAAUUCUUUUAUAAAUAAUUUCCAAAGAUAAAUAUAGUUAUGAGACUGAACUACAAAUUAAUAAAACUUUAAGUUUAGAUUAAAACUAUUAAUUUAAAUAUAAAAAGUUUAUUUAUUUGUUAUAUCAGCCACUUAAGAAAAAGUGUAAUGAUAUAUCCGCCUCUUUGAAUCUAUUAUCAAAAAUUAGAAAAAUAUGUCUAUACGCCAAUUUAUAAGAAUAUAUCACACCUCACAGCAUUUUAUCAGUAUAAAUAUUUUAAUUAGAAUAUUUAUUCUAAAAAAUAAGUUUUAUUUAUUAAGAUUAUGAGAUAUAAAUUGAUAAUAAAAUCAUUUUAAUCACAAACAAUAAAGAACUAUUGUUAAUGUUUUUUAUUGAAAUCAUUGAAAAAACAAUAUCUAAGCAUUUGAAAAUAUCUACAUUAAUAUUAGAAAACUCUUUAAUUUGCAUCAAAUUUAAAUGCUAUUAUUCUAAGAAGUCUCUAGAUUAGUUGAUCCACAAGAUAAGUCUUUAUUCGAAUUUUAUCAACAAGAUUGAGUUUGAAGAUCAAUGUAUAAAAAUAUUAAAUUUUAGUUAUUGGACUUUACAUUCAUAGCAUUUCGUAAUAAAUAGGAAAUAAAUUGUCAUUACUUCCAUCAAGCCAAAAUUAGUUACCUUAAAAUAUAUUAAUUACUGAUCGCUGA